AACAAGUUACGGCUUAUUUUACUGCUUUUAGAUUUAGAAGAAUAGAAGACAACAAAUUAAUCUUAAAUAGGUAAUCGUCUGUUAUUAUUUUAGUGAAGGAUAUCGUAGAGAUUUCCUUAAGAUGUCUAAUGAAAUAGAUGCUCUGUUAGAAGCUGAUAAGGAUUCUUUUGGACAGCAUUUGGAAAAUUUCGUACAAAAGGUCGAUCAAGUAUUUAGUUUUCCUGAACUCGGCGAAGGAACUAAAAGACAAGAACUUUGGAAAUGUUUGUGUAGUACUGCUCAAACUACACAGGAUAAUAAUAUUCUGAAAAACUGUUUUGUUGCCAUUAGAAUUUUGAGUCGAGAGAAGCAAGCCCUUAAUGAAUUGAUCACCGAUGAUUGGAUUGAUUUGAUUAAAAAACAUAUCGGUUUGAACGAAAAUGAGUUUAAGUUCAACAGUGAAACUGUCUCUGUUUGUUUAGAAGCUCAAAAGAGCUUAUGCAAUAUAGCAUAUAACUGUAGGCUUGUAGCAGACAAGUGUUGCAAAAAUGGCAUUUUGGAAGGUAUUGUAGAAAGAAUUAAAAAAUUUAAGAAUGCAGAUAUUCCCGAAGACAUCAAGUUUUUCGAUAUGAAACUUUUGUUUUUACUCUCUGCAUUAUGUCCAGCUUCUCGAAAUAAACUAAGAGACGAAGAAUUACAAACAUUGAUUGAGAUUUUAGAACUAAAUCUUCAACAAGCUGCUGAAAAUCACGCUCACAACGAUGAACUGCCACCAAUAUUUUUAACUGAUAAACAAGCAGAUUUAGUAUGUGAGCUCUUGAAAGCCCUCUUUAAUCUUACAGUGCAUAUCGAUACUGAAAACGCAGAAGUCAUGGCCCUAGUCAUCACCUUGACUGAAAUUUUGCGCAAUUAUUUGCUUAUUUCUACAAAUAGUUUAGAAAAGAUCUGGAUGUUGAGGACUAACGUUAUCAAUCUAUUAACCAAUAUACCAAACGAAUGCUACAGGUACCUUCUUAUACCAGUCGAAGACAGCCAUAGAGUGCCAAAGAAUUUACAAUUUGAGGGGGAGAACAUGACAGCUAUCUAUGAAAUUUUGAUGUUCCUCAAGGCUAAAUUCAAUGACGAACCUAAAGUUUCCAACCAACACGAAGUCUUAUCGCCUGUAGUAACUGUUGUCCUCAAAGGUGCUACAAGCAACAGGCCUAUCAGAAAAUUCCUGAGAAAUCAGAUACUGCCCCCGUUAAAAGACGUCCAUUCUAGACCGGAACAGGGAACAACUUUAAGGAACCAUUUGUGUCGUUUAUUAACAACGCCAAUUACUCAGCUGAGGGAUCUAGUUGCCGAGCUGUUGUUUGUGUUGUGUAAAAAAAGCGUUUCAAGAAUGAUCAAGUACACUGGAUACGGAAACGCUGCUGGGUUGUUCGCCCAAAGAGGUCUAUUAGCAGGGGGCCACGACAAAGGAGAGGAAGAGUAUAGUUCUGACAGUGGCGAUAGCGAAACGGAAGAAUACGCGGACCACAAACACGGAAUCAACCCUGUAUUAGGCUGCUACGAGGAACCUCAUCCAAACGUUAUGGAUAACAUGACCGAAGAACAGAAAGAGUACGAGGCCAUGAAGCUGGUUAACUUAAUGGACAGUCUCUUAAAAACAGGUACCAUCAAACCUUGCAGGAUCGGAGAGGAUGGUAAGCCGCAGCCCAUCGAACAUGUCAUGCAGUUGCAGGAAGGACUGAGGGCCCAGCAGGUUCGUGUCGAUUCAGACAGCGACUAAAUAUCAUAUCAAAUUAAUAUCGUAAAAGCUCCAAAUAUGUGACGAAUAAUAAAUGUCUAGACCUAAAUAUAUGUACACUGUAGAACGGGACAGACUAGAACAUAUGAAUAACAUCAUUUUUAGAUAUCGUUAAAUUUCAUCAACGUCAUAAAGUUUUUUUAUACUAGAUUUUAAAUGUGAAGUUUAUUGUAGGCCUAAUAGAACAUUAGAUUUUAACCAGUUAGGAGUUGAGAAAUACAUUAGUUCAUGUAAAAAUUAACGGCAAGUGCCGGUAGGAACCUUGAUAAAAAAGUAGUGAAUAGAUUUUAAGUUAAUUUGUUUCUGAUUUUGCACCUCUGCGUUGAUUCUGUUAAAUGGUGGAAAUCUGUUUGUCUGUCAAGAAGUGUAUGAAAAUAAUUAGGCUCUACCUAAAACUUGAAUAAACGUGCAUUGUGUGCCCAUUCUUGAAGCCGCACCAUCUUGGUUAUCAUAACACGUUCAGCGCUAACGCCCUCUUUCGAUGCUUUUAGACAAUUGAUUCUAUGUGCCCAUUCUUGAAGCCGCACCAUCUUGAUUAUCAUAACACGUUCAGCGCUAACGUCCUCUUUCGAUACUUUUAGACAAUUGAUUCUAUCGCCAAAAGUUUGCCCAAUUCCUGACAAAAACAUACCCAUUGUGUCAGCUCAGCUUCUCAAAUAAAUCUGAAUUUAUUAAAUUCCCCCUUCGACCUCAAACUGAUCUUCACGAGGAUUUUCAUUCAGAUUUUAUAAGAAAUAGAAAUAUUUACGCAACUGUUUGAUUAUUUUACUAAUCCGCUCAAUAAAAACCACUGGAAUACUUCAUUCGAUUCAUUUAAUAAAAUUAUUUUUUAUUUUAAAAGCAAAAUUUUUCGCAAUGUUCAGUAAGUUCCUGGUUUCGUUUAAUUAAGCAUUUUUUAAAAUAUUUCUUUAAAAUUUCCAUGAUUUGAAGACUACCGUUCCAUUAUGGCCUCGGAAAGCUAGUUCUUGUUUGCCCAACGUAGUAGUCACAUCAAUUAAAUAGCCAAUUAAUAAUUGAUUUUUGCGAACAUUUUCAUUAUACAGGGUGUCCCACUAAGGUUGGCGAAGUACGAUAUUAGAGAA